AUGCGAUUCCUGGCCCCAAGCCUCCUGGGGCUGUAUGGCCUCCUAUCAGCCGCCGUGCCCACCGUGGCCCAGCCCAGUGGCGACACCGACUUUAUGAGUGUACGAGAGAAUCUCGCCAAGGACUAUGAAAGUGAAGGCGAAAUUCCAACAGAUAAAUACUUCACGGAAUCCUCCUUUCAUUAUCAUUAUGAUGGCCGCUUCGCGGCUCAGCCCCUGCCCGACGAUCAAGUCAUCCCCCACCUUUCCGCCCUCAUUCAGACCUACUUAUCGACCAUGUCAUCUAUCGGUGCCGAAACUUGGAUUAUGCACGGCACCCUUCUUUCUUGGUGGUGGAAUCAAAAGGUACCGUGCAGCUGCCCCCCUGGUCUGGCCCAUGGCUGCAAAUCGCUAACAAGCGGGGCCCUCCAGAUCUUCCCGUGGGAUAAUGACCUCGACGUUCAAAUAUCCGAGCCGACUAUCCAUUUCCUCGCAGAGUUUUACAACAUGACAGAGCAUCACUUCGAUCUACCCGGCGUUGACGGCGGCCGCAAAUAUCUACUCGAAAUCAAUCCCCAUUACGUCGUGCGCAGUGAACAUGACUUUUUGAAUGUGAUCGACGGGCGCUGGAUUGACACCUCGUCCGGCCUGUUCAUUGAUAUUACCGCCGUGCGCAAGGAUGAUGCCCGACGCCAGCGAGGCGAAUCGGAGGCAUUGAUGUGCAAGGAUCGCCAUCGCUAUUUGGAAAGCCAGAUCUUCCCGUUGCGGGAUAGCUACUUCGAGGACGUGCCGGUCAAGAUCCCGUACAGUUAUACCUUGCUUUUGGAGGAAGAGUAUGGGCCGAGGGCCCUGACGAAUAAGAAUUUCCAGGGACACAAAUUUAACGAAGACACCAAAAUCUGGGAGCACGUGCAAAAUGUGAAGCGUUUCCUCCGCCGAGGCUGGCGCACGGGUGACCUGCCCAUCCGCUCAGCCAACAACCAACCUCUUGUUCGCAUGGAUGCAUCUUGA